AGCGCUAGCGACCAGCUGGUUGCACAAGAGAGAAGAAGGAAUCGGAGGACAUUAUUCACAUUUUUAGGAGCUUUAACAGCAAAGGAUCCUGUCAGUUCGAGCUUAAAGAUAGGAAGCAUGGAGAUGCCUAAGAGACAGAGCAGCUGUUCCUUGACAGACAAGAGUAAAGCUUGGAAAUAUCUGGCUGGUAUCAAACUAUCCUCACUCCAGCCGAAUAAAGUCACAGAGGACUUUUAUGAAGAACCAGAGGAUUGUGUCCCUGUUGAUAAGAGUGAGCCUGAAGUCUACACAGUAUCAAAUGCAAUGGUCUGUUCCCUAUGUGACUGCAUAUUUGAGGAUAGACAUCAACAGAAAGCUCACUAUCGUCUGGACUGGCAUCGGUUCAACUUGAAGCAGAGGAUAAUGGGACUUAAAUCAGUCUCAGAAGAGGCAUUUUCACAACAAGCAGACGAUGUGUCCAGUAUUUCUGGUAGCGGAGACUCUUCCUCCUCUGAUGAUGAGGAUGAGGUGGACAUGUCACCUGUCUCCCGGGGCUCUGAUCAAGCCCGGGGAAGGAGAAAGAAGGCCAGUUCUAUCCACAAGUACGACAGCGACGACGAUGACGAUAAUGAUGCAGGGAAGGAGAGAGAAAAUGGUAGACGAUGUCCAAGGAUCUAUUUUGAUAACGAUGAUGAAGAGGUUGUUUCUGUGUAUCGCUGCAUCAUCCACGGAAAGAGGGAGGCACCCACUACACAUACAGAGCUGAUAUCCAGAACCCUUGGUCUAUUGACCAAUCAGAAGUGGGCUAUCAUGUUGACAGGGGGUGGCCAUUUUGCUGCUGCAGUGUAUGAUGGGCCUGAGGUCAUCGAACACAAGACCUUUCACCGGUACACCGUACGGGCUAAGAGAGGAACUGUACAGUCUGUUAGAGACUCACAGGGAAACGCCCCCAAAUCUGGGGGUGCCUCCAUCCGAAGGUACAAUGAAGCAGCCCUGAACCAAGAGGUUCAGAACCUCCUCACCUCCUGGAAGGACCACUUGGACUCCUGUUCCAGAAUCUUCCUCAGAGUACCCACCUACAACAAGGCCAUGUUCUAUGGAGGAAAGAGCCCCGCCCUGGUGAAGGGGGAUGAUAGGGUGGUGACUAUCCCCUUUGCCACACGUAGGGCCACGUUCAAGGAGCUGAAGAGAGUUUGGGAGGUCCUUGCUACCAUUGAGUCUCAUGGUACCAUAUCUGAUAUUACUACUGCUAUGGCCAGCCGCAAAGAGAAGAAGGUUUGGAAGAAGGGCAAGAAAUCCCUCCAAGAAAAUGAAAAACAAGUGCUUGAUGAAGAAGAUGCAUCGUUGGAAGUCAUUUUGAGUCGGUUGGAGAAACAGUCUCUUGAAGAAGAACCAGCAGACAAUUCAACCAGUGUCAAAAUGGAAGAGAAGAAGAAUGAGAAGGAUGAUGAGGAGGUAGAUGAUAUAGAACUUCAUGAAGAGGAGGUCAUCACUUCAACUAACCAUCUCAAAGAGUAUGAGACAACUCCUAAGAAGCAGAGGAGGAGAAAGAAGAAGAUAUCAGAGAAACGUAUACCACAAACAGACAGUACCAAGGAACACUUCGACAGAGAACCAAGCAAAACCAAAAACACAUCAUCGGACGAUGCCAAUCCCAUUCCCAGUGUUGAUAAUAAAGAUAAUAUACCGCCCUCUAAAGGUGAUGUUAGAGGUGUGACUGCAGGCAUGGAUAGCCAUGCCGGGUCUUGCCAAAGCUCAGAUGAUAGCCAUAAAGUUGGCUUAGGGAACAAAAACUCAGUAGAAAGUAGAUUCAACCUUCCAGAACCUUUAAACAGCACUACUGUUUUCAAUGAAGACACUCAGAAUAAUCCUAGCAGAGCAGAAACGGUUGAAGGGAGAUCGUCCAAACCUGAUCUCCUGACUGCAUCCAAAUUUGAUGAAGCCAAUGUGCCUUUCCAACACAAACAAGUGCCUGAAGACGAUUCUGAAGUAAGUGAGGACAAAGCAGUGAGAGACUCUAAGGAUCACGAUAAACCGAGUCCUGGAGUCCUCAAGUUCCUGAACAAACCCUUAGAUGACAUGGGGUACUCCUUCCUCCAUGUAGCUGCAGAAGAUGGUCAGGGAAGUGUUCUCUAUCGACUGAUGGAAUGUGGAGCUGACCCAGGUGUCAAGAGCAAGAAAGGCAAGCCAGCGUUCGGAUGUUCCUUUGAUAGGAAGACGAGAGAAGAGUUUAGGAGUUUCCGUUCUGAUCACCCUGAAAGAUAUGAUUAUGAAAGAGCUCAGAUUCCAGUUCCGCUCACAGAAGAGCAAGAGAAAGAAAAGGCAGCUAAACAAGCAGAAAGGAAGAGGAAUGCAAGGAAAGCAAAGCGUUUGAAGGAAAAGGAGCAGAAGGAAGUCAAAGAAGUCGAGAGGAAAGAGAACGAGAAGAAGGAAUGGUAUGCAAACCUGAGUGAAAGAGAGAAGAGAGCUCUGGCCGCUGAGAAGAGAUUUGCUCAACAAGUAACUCCAACAUCUGACAUGCAGAGGUGCUGGAUUUGUGGCUCUUCACUUGCUGGGAAGGCUCCCUUUUCUUACAUGGAUUUCAAGUUCUGCUCCAUGCCUUGCCUGAAGAAACACAAGCAACAGCCUUAGUGACAAAACCACCAAUUCAAGAAAUGAUGCUGAUAGUAAUGUGUCCUUAUCUCCAACUGUUCAUCACAUGGAAUUUGGUUUGCAACAGGUGCUGUUUUGGGUGACAUGGCUACAACAUGUUGAAUAAAUUUGUCAGGGACUGAAUAUUCAGAAUGUAUCAUUAAUGUACAUUAAUAUGUGCAUUAAUUUAUUCAUCCUAUUUCAAUCAUGAGUUUAAAUUAUUAGAAAUUGUAUUCUAGUCUUAUUUAGGAAAUAGUUAAACCAUUUGUGUGCUUUCACUUAAUUUUAGAAAUUAAUGAAGCCAGUAAAAAAGCCAUUUCAGGAUAUUUUGUACUUUUCCUCCUUUUUUGCUUAAAGACUUACGGUACAUUUCAUUUUCCGCACCUCAUUGAAUGGUGCCUUCCAUGGUGAUCUAUCUGUAACUGUCAAAGUUCAGCUUCUAUAUUUAGGUAGACCUACAUAUCCAGACCUGGCUCUCCAUGAUAAUAGCAGAUCAUUCAUUGACUAAGGUUCUAUUCAAAAUUUCCAAGAUUUGUACUCUCCCUGUCAUAGAUUUGCUAACAUGGUCCUUUAGAUUUUCCUGGCAACAUGUUCAUUCUUCUCCCCUUUCAUCCAAACAGUCUUUAGUCACGUCCAUUUGUAUUCUGUCCUUUGAAUUCUAGUGAUUUAAAUAGCAAGAUAUGAAGAAAACUUUUGAAAACAAAGACUUUUUUUUUUUGGUGGUAUUUCUGAUGGUGCAUUCAACAACAUACCAAUAUACAUCAUACAAUGUAGUCUGUGGUGUGCUGUUUGAAGGUCUUAUACAAUGAUCUUCUUUAAAGUGCAAUUCAUGACCAUAACGCUCAUUUAGUGAAAAGUGUCAUUAUUUGUCAUCAGGCCCACAUAGAAACAUGAAUCUCUUUCUUUUUUUAGAGUACUUUAUCACUCUGGCAGUAAUUGUAAGUAUGGAUACAGUAUCACCUUGUCCACAUUUGUAUUCAAGUGCCCUCAGCUAAGAUAAAUUAUUUGAUAUUUAUAUAUAAUUCAUAAUAAUUUGCUCUCCACCUGUUUACAAAUAUUUCAUCAAAUAUGUCAUUGAGUUUAAAAGGAUGUAAACAUGACAUUCAGUUGUCUUGAAUCAGUAAACUGGUAUUUGUCCAUACAACAU